AUGGAGAGUAUUGACGACGUUGUGGAUCGCGCAAGACAGGCGCUGCAGGGAGUGUCUGAAGACGACGAGAAUCGAUGGAGGAAUUUGGCAAAGUUCGGAGGUCUGCUCGACUGGGCAUGGAGCCAAACCAAGUCCAUGCAAUAUCUUGAGGAAGCUAUUGGAGUCUCUGAAGCUGUGGUGAAGGUCACGGCAGAGAAGGGCCUGAUCACGAACCAGGCAGACUUCCUCGCCACUUUGCACUCCCUCUGGCUGGAAAAGUAUCACGAAACUCACGAAAUCAUGGAUCUGGACAAAAGCAUUCAGGCUGCCAAAGAAGCUGCAGAGUUGACACCGGAAGAUGACGAAUAUAAGGCCAGCAGACUUAGUGAAUUCUCACAUCGGAUUCAUACAAGAUACAAGCGCUUGGGCCGGUUGUCGGACUUACAGGAAGCGAUCCAAGCCGCGGACCAGGCUAUAGAAGCUUCCCCGGGCAUACACAAUGAAGCUACAUGCGCUGGAUGGCGGAGUGACCUUGCGUUCCUAGUUACAGCAAGAUUUCCACAUACCGGCGAGUCCAAAGACUUGGAAGAUGGGAUUCGCCAUGCCAGAGAGGCGGUCGAAGCCACACCCGCUGACCACCGUGAGAGAUCGAAUAGACUGAACAACCUUGGGCACGUUCUAUACUCUACAUACGUCUACACGGACAUGCGCCAAUAUUUGGAAGAGGCUAUUAGCUUGGCCAAAGAUGCCAUUGAUGCAUUUACUGCAGCUGUGCCUCCGGACCAUCCUAGCCGACUUGAUCGGUGGUUUAACCUAGCUGUACGUCUCGGAGCUAGAUACUCGCUGACAGCUUCCGAGGACGACAUAAAUGAGGCAACACGAAUAACCCAAGAGGUAUUAUCUUUGACUCCGCACGGAAGUCUGGAGUUGCCCAACCGUCUUAAUCUCCUUGGGAGCCUGCUAGAAGACCGGUACAAAAGCACUCUCAAAAGGGAGUACCUAAAUGAGGCAAUUAAGAUCGCCAUGAAAGGUCUCAAGGUAACCUCAAACGACAGUCUCGACCAGGCUACGUUUCUGAGGAACCUUGUCUUUCGUUUUGGCGAGAAGUUUCUCUUCUCAAAUUCCCUGGUUGACCUGAAUUUGGCUAUAGAUGCGGCGAGGAAGGCCCUUGAGAUCAUUCCCCGAGACGUACCAGAGCGACUAAGUGUAUUGAGCAAUCUCGGAGCUUUACUCGGAAAGCGGUACUCUCAGACUCUGGACGCCGGUGAAUUAGACGAAGCCAUUGGAUUUGCUAGAGAAGCUCACGAUGCAUUCGCGGGGCCACACAUCCGAAUCAACGACAGGAUUUCCCGCAUCAUCGUCCUUCACGACCUUCUUGAUAAGAAGUACUCGCGCACCGGAGCGAUGUCUGACCUGGAAACUGUAUCCUUGCGGCAAAGAAGGCUAUCAACAUUACACCGAAAGGCCACGAACAGCGUCCAGAACUCCUGGAUACUCCCAGUCACCAUCUCGACCACAAGCGAGCACUACUCUGCCAUCGGGAUGCGUGCAGCAUCGGACCUGAGUGAAGCAAUUCUGAUGAGCCGAAACGCUGUCAAGGCAACUCACGAGAAGCACCCGAUGCGCCCAGACUACCUGAAUGGUCUUAGCAUGAACCUCGGACGACAAUACUAUGAAAAUGGACGGAGGGAGGAUCUCGACGAAGCCAUCAGGUCUGCCAGAGAAACCAUGAAGAUUGCACCAUCGGAUCAUCCAGACCGCGGUUACUUUCUCAUCAAUCUAAGCAACCGCAUCGGUGACAGAUUCACUCACAAUGGCGACGAAGAUGAUUUGACGGAGUCUACUCAACUUGCCCAGGAGGCCUUGGAGGCUACUACAAAACAUGGUCCUCGGUUAUCAAUCAGGAUGAACAACUUGGGACUCCGUCUGAGAGACAGAUACUUGAGGACUGGUGAGACCAAAGAUCUCGAUAAGUCUGUUGAUCUAGCAAGGAAGGCAACAGAAGCCACUUCUACGAAUACGGAGACCCCGGAACGUACCGACCAGCUGUUUAAUCUAGCAAUCCGACUGGGCGAUAGAUAUCAGCGAACAGGAGAAGAAAAGGACUUGAAAGAAGCUAUUGAACUUGCUAAAGAAGCCGUUCAAUCUACGCUUGAAGGCCACCCAGCUCAGGGUACUCGUCUCAAUGCGCUAGCAAGUCUACUGGGCGACAAAUAUGCCCGUUCUCAUGUAUUCUCACAUUUGGACGACUCCAUCGCAUUCGCGAGGAAGGCCACGCUAGUGGGCACGCAAGACCACUUUGUUAGACAUGCGGAGUAUUUGAACAACCUUGGAAACCGGCUUUCUGACAGAUACUCUCAUGCCGGGGCGCUAGAUGAUCUCGAAGAGGCUAUCAAGUUCCAUGGUGAGGCGGUCAAAACGGUGCCUCCUACUCAUCCCGACAGAGCAGACUAUUUGAACAACUUGGGAAAUGCUCUGAGUGAUAGGUAUGAGCGCAAAAGAGAAAUAACCGAUCUUGACAGAGCUAUCAUUGUAUCCCAAGAAGCUUUGGCAACACUUGUUCCACAAAAUAACCCCAACCAAGGACCAAUCUUGAGCACCAUUGGAAACAGACUGAUCGACCGAUACUCCGGAGAGACCCAUCCGAAGCGCGGACAGGUCGAAGAUCUCAACAUGGCAAUCAGUCACAUCAACAAAGCUGUGCAAGUCACGCCUGAAGGCCGCCCCGAUCGGGUCAAGUACUUGAACAACCAGGGAAAGUUCUACGGUCUCAAAUUUCGACAUUUUGAAAUGCAACAUUUGGAUGACCUUGAGUUGGGUAUCAGCGCUGCCAACAAAGCGCUAGCCUUCAACAUAGCGAAGCAAAUAAUUUCACUGGUCCCGGUGUCAGCACCGCUCUCGUUGCGUCCAGCAGAUAAACAGUAUCUGCUUACUCAGGCUGUCGGACUAGCUUCAGAUGCUGCUGCAAUUGCCAUAGAGACUGGCGAAGGCCCGACCGAGGCCCUCAAACUGCUUGAGACUGGCCGAGGCAUCAUCGCCGAUUCCCUGCAGAAGAUCCGCGCAGACAUAUCGGAGCUGCACCGCUCGCAUCCAAAGUUGGCCCAGGCUUUUGACCAACUCCGUAAUCUCAUGGAUUCAUCCAAUGCGAGCCAUGGUGAUUCCGGCAAGUCGUCCAUCGAGGCCGACACCCGCCACCUUGCCACUGCUCGAAUGGAAAAUCUGCUGUCAAAAAUACAGCAACAGCCCGGUUUUGAAGGGUUUCUCGGCACCAUGUCUGAGGACCAGAUGCUCCGAGCAGGUUCGAGAGGCCCCGUUAUUGUUGUCAAUAAGAUCACGUACGAACUUUACCAUUGA